CUGCGACCAAUAUGAAAGGAUUAUAAAAAAGAUAAUAUAUUUAACUUUAAGGCUAUUGUGUGCGAAUGAAUUUGCUGACCGGAUUAAAACAGGUCAGGAUGGGUUGUGUUUGUUCACAAAUAUUUAACAUGCGCUGGAUGUGUAUCUGACUUGCAACUUUCACCAUCACAUGUUACGCAGUAUAUAAAAUAUUCAAACAUUUAUUUUCAAGAGAAUGACUUUAGCGUAGAGGUUGCUGCUGGUCAAGAGAGCCAUGAGUCAAAUGUUUAAAGCUUGAGUUAAUAUUUUAAAAUAAAUAAAAAAUAUAAGAAGUUAGUUGCUCUUAGGUGUCAAACUUGUUCAUAUUUUAAUAAAAUUUGACAAAUAAAAGAAUGGAAGAAACAAAAUCAGAAGUUUCAGUUGAUCCGAAAAAAGCCAAAAAAGUUCGAAUGCAUUACUUUGGAAUUUUGGUCGGCUUGAUUCUUUUAUUUAGUGGUUACACAUCUAUACUAGUUCUUCAGUCAAGUAUAAAUAUUAAAGAAGGGUUAGGAUCACAAAUGAUGACAAUCACUUACAUUGUUACGUUCCUAUCUUCCUUCUUUAUUUCCCCACUAUUCAUCCGGGUUGUUGGAGUGAAAAAGGCACUCAUGCUUGGAGAGUUGGGCUAUGUCCUCUAUGUAGCUGCAAACUUCUAUCCAUCUCCUGCCGUGUUGUACAUUGCUGGCGUACUAGGUGGACUUAGUGAGUCAAUAUACUGGAUUCCUGUCGGAAUAAUUUAUGUUCAUUAUGGAAUGAAAUACCACAGGUAUACAGGACGGCCAGCAGAACAAUGUGUUGCUGAAUUUGCUGGUUUAUUACUUGGAUUGUUUGUUAUUAAUCAGAUUAUUGGAAAUUUAUUCUCGUUUGUUGUAUUACAUUUAUUUCCUCCCAAUUCAACUGCAACAAUCAACACAACAAUAAGAACUACUGAUGAUCAAUUUCUUUACUGUGGGGCGAAUGAUUGUCAAGAUCCCAAUGUAACUACAGCGCACAUUGACCAAUAUGUCCCUACUAACCCAGUGGCAUUAUAUGUCCUUUUAUCUGUGCUGCUGUUCAUCAUGUUCAUUGGUGCCGGCAUUCAUAUGUGGCUGGUACCUGAAAUAGAACUUGAAUCAAACAAAAGAAAAAAUUCUACUUUAAAACUUGAUGGUAAAGAGGGAAUACCACUGAAUGACAAAGGAGAUUCAGGAGAAAAUGAGGAAAAAACCUCCAUUUUGAAGUUGGUCAUACAAACAAUGAAAGAUACAAUCAAACAGCUGACAAUGAUGAGACAAGUUUUAAUAAUUCCUUUGUCCAUCUACCUUGGAAUGUUCUGUGGAUUCAGCAUCAGUGAACUGACAAGAGCUUGGACAUCAUGUAUUCUGGGUGUAUCCCAGGUUGGGAUUUGCUUGAUUCUGUAUGGUGUGGUGAGUGGGACUUUCUGUAUUGUCAGUGGAAAAAUCCUUGGGCGAUACGGGUGUCUUCCUAUUUUGGUUAUUCAACUUAUACUCGAUAUAAGUUUUUACUUGGUCUGUUUGUUAUGGGUCCCAACUGUUUCUACAACUUGGGUGGUUUAUGUCUUGUUUUGUAUGGCUGGAUUUUCAGCAUCAGGUGCACAAGUCAAUAUUGGAUAUAAAUAUGGACAGUUUCCAAACAAAGAAAUUUCUUUUAUGUUCUGGAGCGUAACAUUUGCUGCUGGAUUAAUUAUAGAGUUUAGCGCAAGCACUGCCUUUUGUGUUAGUACAAAGAUCUACUAUCAUAUAGCAACCUUGCUUGUUUCAGUUCCUUUAGCAGCAAUCUUAGAGAUUCUAAAGCCAAGAAAAUAAACUUCCAGGAGAUGUUUUGAAAUUCUUUAACAAACUUGUUUUCACUAAAGUCCGCAGUUUGUUUCAUAUGUUAACAAUCUAUUUAUGUAGCAUAGUUUAUAUGCAAAACUACUAAUAAUCACAAAUAUAUUUAUAUCUGUCAAAAAACAUAAACCAAUACAGAACAUGAAAAAAUAUAUUUACUCUUUAUUUUCAAUGUUAUUUAAUAAUUCUUCAUCACUUUAAAAAACUAUUAUGAGAAUACUACAACUUUUCUUAUGUUUAACAUGAAAUCGUAAUAAAAGAGAGCAAAAGUUUAA